CACAAUCCCACACUCAGCGAAAGAGAGUGAAAGAGAGAGAGAGAGCAAAGGGGAAGGAAGGAGAGAACACAGAGGGCUCACUGUGAGAGGAAAGAAAGAGAGAUUGACAUUCAAAAGACAGUGUAGGUAGGCAGAGAACUGCAGAUAAACACGGAAUACGCAGAGAGGAGAUAGGGCACAGAGAAAAGAAGGCAGCUCUGAAGCAAAGAAAGUUUGGCUGUGGGGAAGUUAAGCGGGUAUUGAUGGGCAAAACGAACAACAGCAAGAUGCAUUGAUGACUGGGAUGGAGCAAGAGAAAGAGUCAACGAAAGAGUGGAAAAGAUUGGUCAGAAUGAAUGAGCAGGAUAGAGUAAGCCAGGCUUCUAGUCUGGCCACAAUCUCUGCUUUUCCUGUCCAUGGCAAGGGCAGUGAUGGUAAAGUGCAGACUUUUGGCAAGAGAGCCAGAGCUGUGAAGAGAGACCCUAACUGUCCGGUGGUGAUCAGAGGUUGGCUAUACAAACAGGACAGCUCAGGACUAAAGCUGUGGAAAAGAAGAUGGUUUGUCUUGUCUGACUUUUGUCUUUUUUAUUACAAAGACAGCAGGGAGGAGUCUGUUUUGGGUAGUAUUCCUCUCCCCAGCUACAAUAUUCUCUUCUGCGCUCCUCGUGAAUGCAAGCACAGAAAAUAUGCCUUUAAAGCAGUGCACCAGGGAAUGCGUUCCUAUGUCUUCAGUGCUGACACCCAAGAGGACAUGCUGGGCUGGGUUAGAGCUCUCAGUCAAUCAGCCAACAUGGAAAUGGAGGGCUCCCUAAACAGGCGUUGUUCGAGUUACCAGGACUUCACAAGGAUCGGGGGCAGCAGUGAGUCACUGGCCCUUCCUGAGACACCUUCUGUCAGAAAUGGUCCGACGCAGAUGACAGUGCAAGGCAAUGGAUCCCAAAAUGAAUCAAGCCCACUAGUGGGGGGAAGAAUGGGAACACCACAGCUGGAACAUAGGGGAAGGCAGAAGAACAUAAGACAGAGUCCUUCACCCAGAACUUCGACUGCCACAAACCUUGGUGGGCAUCGGAGGCGUGGCCAGUCCCUCACCCAGGAGACAGCUGAGCAAGACACCCUCCCCCUGAACUACUCUCAUCAAACGCCACCCCAAACCAUGAAAUCCAUUGGACCCAGUCCUCUGACCCCAAGAAGUCAACUAGGGUCACGCCCCCAUACUCCUGUGGGCAGGGUUGACAUUCGACCGCAGGAUGACCCCCUUUUAUCCCCGCAGUCUAUGGGCUCGGCCCCACCAUCCCCAAAGCUUGAUUUCAGCCCCUGUUCCCUCACCCCCACCACAGAGAAAAGGCACACCCUUAACAGGCCUAUUCCCGGGUAUUCUUCCCUGCACCCCAUCAGCACUGCGAGGAGAGCUGCAGGAAAGGCCUGCUCUCCGGGGGGGCAGGCUGGCUUAUUGCCCCCGUUGCCCCCUCCAAGAAUUGCCCCUGUCCCUCCCCCACCUCACCAUCACCAUCACCAUCGCAGCCAUAUGUCUGUUUGUCUGCUACAGCCAGCUAUGGUACCAGCUCCUGCAACUUCUGACCUCUUCCAGGAGAGAGAUCAACAAAUGAGGACCCCAGAGAGCGAAGUUGAUGCUGUGCUGACUAGGCUGUGCGGCUGUGACAAGCUGCUUCAGUCUCUCUCAAUAGAAAUGGCCGAGCUUCAAGCAGACAAGGACAAUGUGCAGUGUGCUCUAGAGAUGGCUAGGCUGCAGUUGGAGGAAUGGAAGGGUCAGGGGUUCAGAGGCCAAGGUGUCAGGGGGCAGGAGGGAUUGUUAUCUCAGAAAGCUUUGCUCCAGGACAACCUGGUCACCAUCAGGGCCAGAAUGUGUGAUGUAUCAAUGGAAAUGGAAAGAGUGUGGUGUCAGUAUGAAAGGAUGGAGAGUGAGCUGUCUGUCCUUCGUUCACACCUCCAGCACAUCUGUCGUUUUGGGAGGCCCCAGGAGCAGUCCCAGGCACAGAGGGAAUUGUGGAUGAUGGAGGAUAUUCUCUGUGGCCUCAAGGCCAAUCGGAAUCAUUUCCGGAACAUGCUGAGGUUGCCAAGGCAGAUAGUUGCCUCCCCAAUUCUACAAAAGUCUGUUCUCCACCCAGGAGCCCCUGGUCCACAAACAGAUGGGAUGCAGAAUGAUGCAUCUAUGGGGGUGCAGUCAGAGCCCCCACCCCGCCCCCCUUUGCCUCAGGAACUGCAGGGGACCAAUCAGGACAGAGAGGUGGAGCAAGGCUGGCUAGAAAGUGAAUCAGAAUUGGAGGGUCUCUACAGUGGACUGUCCUCCCAUCAUCGGUCAGAACAAUCAGGAGAAAGCUCAUCUGUCUUAUCUGGAGACAGGAAGAAAUCGGAUAACAUGCCAGGCACUCUGCCUGGUCUUACUGCCUCCAACUGGUCCACACCAGACACUACAGUCAAGAGGGUGAGGAUGAGUGAGGAGGAACAGAGAGAGAGGAUGAAAAGAAACCAGGAGAGGCUGGCCAAUCAGAAAAAAGCACCUACAUCCAGUCCCACCAACCAUAGCCAGUCUCAAAGGCCAUCUCCUCCCAAAGAAGAGCCUCCCUUUCCUCUCAGAGUGACACGAGUCCUCACUGCUGUCCUGCCAUCUGCUCUGGUUGCCAGGCGUGUGUCCGUCGAGGACCCCCCUUACGAGCUAGCCACUCCUUUGCCUGAGCAAAUAUCCCCUGGGAUGCAUCAAUUAGUACCUGACCAGAACAGAAAGUCACACAGGAAACACAGAGAACUGUUUCUUGAGAAGCGUCACCAAAAUUCUAACAGGGUACCAAUGGAAGUAAUGAAAGAUGGGCAUGACCAAAGUCUGGCAUUUGCCUGUCAAGAACCGUCAUCAGAAAUGACCGAGCAGAAAUCAAAUUUGCCUCAUACAUCAAGGGAAUUGCCUAAUCACCAGCACACAGCUGCCAUAGAGGAUGACACUUCUUUAUUUUACCAAAAAAGUCCUAAGUCCUCUACGAGCGAGAUGCAAGGAGCAACUGAAAAAUCUAUACUCCCAGAGGCGUCCAGUAUAGAGCCUGAAAUUUCUCUGCGACAACACAGAUGUGACUGGUCAGGAUCAGGAAACGGAAGUUUGCACUCUGACCUUAGAUCAAGAGACGAAAAUGGGUGCUCUGCGUUUACUGGCAGUGUGCAAGCAAAUGGCAGAAGGGAAAAGGUUGGAGGGCGCGCCUCCUUUCUGGUUUCUGACCUUGAAGUUGAUCCUGACCUCUGCCUGACCCCAGAACAGAGGGAUGCAAAACUAAGACGAGUGGAGAGGAUCAGGGCAAGAGUAAUCAGGAGUGCAGUCAGAGAGAGCAAUGUGCGGCCCAACAGUCCACAGACAGGCGACAAUAUAGAGAGACUGAUGAAACACUCCUUCACCCUACCUAACAAUGCUUCAAAAAGGCAAAUGGCAGCUGGCUCAGGAGAUUCAGAGGAAUACUGCUGUGUUCAAGGAGUGGACUGUGACCACUGUUGCCAUAGUUACGAGGAUCCUGACCUCAGCAUUAAUGUUACAACCGAACCCCAUCCUGCCAGAGUCCCACCUCUUAAUGUUAUUAAGGUAGAAGGAAGCACAGAACGUGAGAAUUCUGUCCUGAAAAAAUGUACACAGCGACCCCUUAAGGGUCACAGGGGUGAUACUGAUGUCAGUAGUUGGCACCAUAAAGGUGUGCCCCAGAAAAACUUCCUUUCAUCCAAUCAUACUACCAAACUGACUGUGUUUCCAACCAAUAACAGCCUAGAAUCCACUCAGGAGGCAGGAAAUUCCCGUCCAUUCCAGUAUGUCACAAAAAAGGUAGAGGAAGUGACAGGAAAUCGAAAUGAAACCCCCUUUUUGCCUACCAAUCGGAGGGCAGAGUGGUUCCUUUCCACUAAUCAGAUGGUAAAAUGUAUACCUUUAAUCAAUCCCAAUAUAAAAUCAGUCACCGGUGAAAAUGCUACAUCUGAAGACCAUAACAGUUCAACCUGUGACUUUACAAUUCAGCACACAGUGACUGAUGCUACCUCAGAGAGUCUCUUGUCUGCAGCCAAACAAAGUGCAGACAGUUUGGAGGAAGAUGCAUUGAGUACAUUUCCUGAAGCUUCUGAGCAAGGCACACAAACAAAUUCCACAGCCAUUCAUACCUCAUCUCCUAAAAACCUACCCAAACACAAUUACAACCCUGACCCGAUUAAAUUAGCCAAUGAAACAAAAGAAUCUGAUCAUCCUGACUCAGACAUAACAGAGGAGUUAACAUUAUUUGCCAGUCAGAAAGAAUUACCCAAACAAACAACCAUUAAGUGUGAGGAGCCCCAGAAUCUGGUCAGUGCUUUAAAUAAACAGCAAGAGUCUCCACCUAAUAGCGGGUAUGAUACAGCUAAUACUGAGGAUUGUAACACCCCAGAAUGUUUGACAAAACAAAUAACACCAUAUGCCACAAUCAAUUUUGAUGCUGCUCGUGGCUCAUUAGCGGAAGCUAAUACUGAGGUCGUCUUAAGCAGUGAACCACAGGACCCACAGCUGGGUGAUCAGAAUGUAUGCCCUGCUCUCUGUGUCAAAAAGAUUCCUCAUUCUUCCCCAAAAUCAACACAUGAGUUGCACAUUUAUGAGGAAAUAGCCUACGGUGCCACGUUGCGAGAUAAUCAAAGCCAAGAAUGCCCAGUGGCAGUUAAAGAUCUCCCCUCAUCUAAUCCCCUCUCGUUCAGAUACACCGAACACAUUCCCAUCAGUUUGCCUGGGCAUUCUGCUUUCUCCAGUCAAAGUGCUGAGACAUUAAUGGAAACAGGAAAUGGACUAUCCACGGAGGUGCAGACCGAGUCAGAGGGGACCAGUGAGAAUCUAGAAUUAUCAGAAAGGAAGGGAAAGGAAGUCUGUCUUCGAAGGGAUCAAGCCAAUCUGAACUCAAAGCCUAAGAAUGGAAAUGACAAUCAGAGCUCUCCAUUUAUUAAGGCAAGAGUUACUGUGGUGAGGACCAGUUUAUAAUGAAGGGAGAGGGCUGAGAAAGUAAUAGAUAUUGAAAAACAGAAAAUCCCUUGAUUUUGAAAGUGCAAGUAAGUUGAAGAAGAAAAUGUGAACGUGACAGAAUGAGAAAAGGAGUGAGACACAGUCAGAGCGUAGAGAUGGACAGUUACAUUAGGCAAGGAGGGGAGUCAAAGCAAACUGAUUGACACUGCAGGGCAAGAGACACGAAGAGGAAACUGGCCCCCAUGGCAUGAGGUGGCAAAAGGAACCUAAUGUCAUCCAUAGUUGCUGAACUGAAUUUUCAGUUUCAGCAAGAUGCGUACAAAAUGUUUUUAUCAUCAUUCAUUCCACUAUUCUCUGAACUACGUUGCGUUUGUUGCAAAUGUUUAACCUCUAUAUGUAAACCUCUGCCAAAGAGGAGAUAACAGAAUGGACAGGAAGUACAAAAAUCACAUUUAAAUUGAGUUUCAUAAGCAUAUUUGUACAAAUGAAUGUAACACAUCAGCAACAGACUAUAUACUAACCUACUUAAAUGAUUGUUAUACUGAAUUCCAUUGAUAAUUCCAUUAUUAUUAGCAAUAGACAUAUAUUUGCAUGUUUUUAGAAUGAAAUCACCUAUAACCUAUAUUUUAAUUGUAACAUUAUGUUUAUGUGUUUCUGAUUUGUUAAUAAAUAAACAUUUUAAAUUACA